GCUUCCGUUCGGGACGAUUCUAAAGGGCCAUUCGACGAUGCUCAUUCCCACAAAAGGAUCGGGUCCCGACUCGAUCCAAUGGCAUUUUGUCUCUUCGGGAGCUCCGGGCCAAUACCUUCCUCCGGAGAAAAUUUCUGACAGCCUGAAAUGGCAUAUUCUCGACCUUAGUGUGGAUGAGCUCCGAUCGAAGAGGGCGUUCUUGGGAUAUUGCAACGCAGCGUGGAUCCGCGCUGGGACUCGCGGCUCGGGGUUCGAACAGGUGGACUUGUCAGACGCCCAGCGACCCGGGACGACCCUACGCAUCAGUCGCGAAAUUACCCCGACUGCGGGUACUUCCGGCAUGGGAUUCUUUGGUGCUGGCGCGGGUGCCAAACUCAUCUUUUCCAAGGGCAUGCAUGCCCCCGUCACUGCCGAAGAAUCGUGUCUUGAGGACCGGAUGCUGAACUCGAAAGAUACCCCACUGCUGCUCUACGAUGUCGAGAAUAAAACAGGGUAUCUUGUCCCGGAGCUGUGCGCUGUGCUCACAAUUGCGCACGUCUGGGCCUCGAAGCAAGUGGAUCGAGAGCAGCUGCUGCGUCGCAUCCCGUUCACGCAGCUAUCUUGCAACGGUGGACAAGCCGCAUAUGACAAGAUCUUCGAGAACAAGACCAUCAAGCUACGCGAAGCCUUUGCAGACCAAAAGGAUCUCUUUCUAAUGACGAAGCUGAGUCAGUUAUUCCUCUCGCUCGAGAAACGCAAAGAGCAGCAACGCUUUUCCAAUGAUGCCACGCUGCCCUUUUUUUCCCACUCGCACGAGCUCCAUGGCUGGGAGCUCUUCGACAUUGCACUCUGCCAGCCUUCUUACCACAAACGUGUUAGACUCCUCAUUCGAGAAUCUGCGCCCUGGGACUACAUUGCACGCGAUAACAAGGACAUGCUGGUGCUUUUUCACAAGGGUCUGGCGGCGGCGAUUAAGCCCGCGCCUGGUACUGUCUGUUCUGCGUGGGAUCCUCUUCCCAGCGAGAAUGAGUACCUUCUGGCUAGUGUUCACUGCAUCCGGGCGCUGUCAAGGUUGAACGGAGGAGGUCUAUUUAUGCCCAAGAUGACAGGGAAGUUGGCGUUGAUGCCGGAUCAUGACGGCGGCCGGUUUAAGGCAUGCGACUCGCAUUGUUCUGGCCGGUGUGAGCGUGUUCUGGAGUUGGCGAAGAAGAAGACAGAACACCGGCGGCCUUUGCCUGAUGAUGGAGCGAUACUUCUAGGGCCGAAGUGUCGCUGUAAUUAAUGUGUUAAGGAGUGUAGGUGUUGUUCCUAUUGUCGGCUGUAUGGCAUUCUUUAUAUGUGAAGAUUACGUAUUGUCGCACUUGGAAUCUACAACAAAACAUUGAUAGUUG